GCCCUUAUUGCUGACUUACCACCACCAAAGAGAAGAAGACAUUUCAAGAGUUUGGCCUGUAAAUGGAUUGUAUUGCAGCUCUGCAGGACAAAUGUGUGUCAUGUUCGAGCCCAGUGACGCCUAGACUUUAUUCCAAAAGCCCAUGGGGCCUGGACUUGACGGCCCAGGAGGUCCCAUUCAGUCCUAUGUAGUGGUGGUUCGUGACUUUUUUGGCAGUGAAGAAGCAACAGGUGGACCAGGGAGUUGGAGCUACUACAACUACCUUGGCCAGCAUGGGGGGCGGAGCCGGAGGCAGACCUAAGGCUCAGCAGUGGCUUCUUGCACGCAUGCACAAGGCCUGCCCCCAUGCAGAAGGGUCCAGGGAGGGGCAAGACGCUGCAUCCCAACCCCUUUCAAACCUCCUGCAGCCCAGGCUUAACUGCUACAAUCCUGCUGUGGCCUCAUCAAGCAGUAGUCAACACAGCAACACCCUUACGUAGAGACUCCUGGGCAUGGCAAAUUCCCAUGGUAACAAGGCAGUUUGGAGAGGUAUACCAUUUGCUAUACCAAGAUUUGAGCUUCAUGCAGCACUACAUUCUUCGACCUUUCUGGCGUUGUGUUUUGCUACAGGACACAUCCAUAAUCUUCAUUCGUGACCGAAAUUCUCGUGGUCAGGAGGUGUCUGCCUACAUUGACUAUGCACACAGGCUGAAGACUGAUGAAUUUGAAAUAUAUUUUAAUGGAAAGAAAAAGCUUUUUCCAAGACGCACUGAUCUGAGCUUUUACAACUGGGAUAGAAAUGUCAGCACUUCAAAUGCCAGUCCAAAUUACCAAGUGAUUGCAGAAAAUGCAUGUGGAUUACUCUUCAAGAACAAAUGUGAUAGGAAAAUAGUAAAUGUGGAUCCCAAGGCUUACCCAGGAGACAGCACAACUCGGACACCUAUUGAGACAGAUCUCUACCUCCAAGUAGUCAUCUAUGACCAUAUCCUUAGAAGAAAGACCUAAACACCAGCUCAUUGGCUCUUCCUUCAAGUAUCUGUUUACCAACUUUUAUUUUAACUGUAAAAGAAAUAAAUCAGUUUGAAGAGAUCUC